UCGCAGCGGCGCUCGGGAGCCCGGCGGCUGGGCCAGGCGGCGCCUCGGGGGCUGCUGCGAGCCCGCGCCUAGAGCUGCCGCCCCAGGGAGCCCGCCACGGCCGCGCCCCGGGCACGCUCGGCGGCGCCCAACGAUGACCGCUCCCUGGCGGCGCCUCCGGAGUCUGGUUUGGGAAUACUGGGCCGGGCUCCUCGUGUGCGCCUUCUGGAUCCCGGACUCGCGCGGGAUGCCCCACGUCAUCCGGAUCGGGGGUAUCUUCGAGUAUGCCGACGGCCCCAACGCCCAGGUCAUGAACGCCGAGGAGCACGCCUUUCGGUUUUCUGCCAACAUCAUCAACAGGAACAGGACUCUGCUGCCCAACACGACCUUGACCUAUGACAUCCAGAGGAUCCACUUCCAUGACAGCUUCGAGGCCACCAAGAAGGCCUGUGACCAGCUGGCGCUGGGCGUGGUGGCCAUCUUCGGGCCUUCCCAGGGCUCCUGCACCAAUGCCGUGCAGUCCAUCUGCAAUGCCCUGGAGGUGCCCCACAUUCAGCUGCGCUGGAAGCACCACCCGCUGGACAAUAAGGACACCUUCUACGUGAACCUCUACCCCGACUACGCCUCUCUCAGCCACGCCAUCCUCGACCUGGUGCAGUACCUCAAGUGGCGGUCGGCCACCGUGGUCUAUGACGACAGCACAGGGCUUAUCCGGCUGCAGGAGCUCAUCAUGGCCCCAUCGAGAUACAACAUCCGCCUGAAGAUCCGCCAGCUCCCCAUCGACUCCGACGACUCGCGGCCCCUGCUCAAGGAGAUGAAGCGCGGCCGGGAGUUCCGCAUCAUCUUCGACUGCAGCCACACCAUGGCGGUGCAGAUCCUCAAGCAGGCCAUGGCCAUGGGCAUGAUGACCGAGUACUACCACUUCAUCUUCACCACUCUGGACCUGUACGCCCUGGACCUGGAGCCCUACCGCUAUUCGGGGGUGAACCUGACUGGCUUCCGCAUCCUCAACGUGGACAACCCGCACGUCUCGGCCAUCGUGGAGAAGUGGUCCAUGGAGCGGCUGCAGGCGGCGCCCAGGGUGGAGUCGGGCCUGUUGGACGGGGUGAUGAUGACGGACGCGGCCCUGCUGUAUGACGCUGUCCACAUCGUGUCCGUGUGCUACCAGCGGGCGCCUCAGAUGACCGUGAACUCCCUGCAGUGCCACCGGCACAAGGCCUGGCGCUUUGGCGGCCGCUUUAUGAACUUCAUCAAGGAGGCUCAGUGGGAAGGAUUAACUGGACGGAUUGUUUUCAACAAAACCAGUGGCUUGCGCACAGAUUUUGAUCUGGACAUCAUCAGCCUGAAGGAAGACGGCCUGGAGAAGGUUGGGGUGUGGAGUCCUGCCGACGGGCUCAACAUCACCGAAGUCGCCAAGGGCCGAGGCCCUAAUGUCACCGACUCUCUGACGAACCGGUCCCUGAUCGUCACCACGGUGCUGGAGGAGCCCUUCGUCAUGUUCCGCAAGUCGGACAGGACCCUGUACGGCAAUGACCGCUUUGAGGGCUACUGCAUCGACCUGCUCAAGGAGCUGUCCCACAUCCUGGGCUUCUCCUACGAGAUCCGGCUGGUGGAGGACGGCAAGUACGGGGCGCAGGACGACAAGGGCCAGUGGAACGGCAUGAUCAAGGAGCUCAUUGACCACAAGGCAGAUCUGGCCGUGGCCCCCCUGACCAUCACCCAUGUCCGGGAGAAAGCCAUCGACUUCUCCAAGCCCUUCAUGACGCUCGGCGUGAGCAUCCUCUAUCGCAAGCCCAAUGGCACCAACCCCAGUGUCUUCUCCUUCCUCAAUCCCCUGUCCCCAGACAUCUGGAUGUACGUGCUCCUCGCCUAUCUGGGUGUCAGCUGUGUCCUCUUUGUCAUCGCCAGGUUCAGCCCCUACGAAUGGUACGACGCUCACCCCUGCAACCCUGGCUCCGAGGUGGUGGAAAAUAACUUCACCCUACUCAACAGCUUCUGGUUCGGAAUGGGGUCCCUGAUGCAGCAAGGGUCUGAACUGAUGCCCAAAGCUCUGUCCACGCGCAUCAUAGGUGGCAUCUGGUGGUUCUUCACGCUCAUCAUCAUCUCCUCCUACACGGCCAACCUGGCUGCCUUUCUGACCGUGGAGCGCAUGGAGUCGCCCAUUGACUCUGCCGACGACCUGGCCAAGCAAACCAAGAUUGAGUAUGGGGCAGUCAAGGACGGGGCCACCAUGACCUUCUUCAAGAAAUCCAAGAUCUCCACCUUCGAGAAGAUGUGGGCCUUCAUGAGCAGCAAGCCGUCGGCGCUGGUGAAGAACAACGAGGAGGGCAUCCAGAGGACGCUUACGGCUGACUACGCGCUGCUCAUGGAGUCCACGACCAUCGAGUACGUCACGCAGCGGAACUGCAACCUCACCCAGAUCGGGGGCCUCAUCGACUCCAAGGGCUAUGGCAUCGGCACGCCCAUGGGCUCCCCAUACAGGGACAAGAUCACCAUCGCCAUCCUGCAGCUGCAGGAGGAAGACAAGUUGCACGUCAUGAAGGAGAAGUGGUGGCGGGGCAGCGGCUGCCCAGAGGAGGACAGCAAGGAGGCUAGCGCCCUGGGCAUCCAGAAGAUCGGCGGCAUCUUCAUCGUCCUGGCCGCCGGCCUCGUCCUGUCCGUGCUGGUGGCUGUGGGCGAGUUUGUGUACAAGCUCCGCAAAACUGCAGAGCGGGAGCAGCGUUCCUUCUGCAGCACCGUGGCCGAUGAGAUCCGUUUCUCACUCACCUGCCAGCGGCGGGUCAAGCACAAGCCGCAGCCUCCCAUGAUGGUCAAGACCGACGCCGUCAUCAACAUGCACACGUUCAACGACCGCCGGCUUCCGGGCAAGGACACCAUGACCUGCAGCUCCUCCUUAACCCCCGUGUUCCCCUAGGCACGGGGGGCGUGGGGACUGCAGGCCUGGGGUGAGGCACAGGGGAGCAGAGGAGACUGGAAGGAGUGCUCCCUGUCCCCGCAUGGGGCUCCUGGUGGGUCAGGAGCCAUCUGUGCGUCCCUAAGCAGGAAACCAGCAGGCCAGCCAUGCAGGCUCCAUUCUCGUUCCUUCUAUGGGUUUCUAGAACUGCCAGCCAAGAUAGCCAUGGCCAAAGGAAGCACACGCCUCUCUCAGGCCAAAUUCACCUGCCCCUCCGUUCUCCGGUGGAGUUGGAAGUUCCUGCGAAGCUCCCUGCAGGGGCCACAGAAAAUAGGAGAUACCUCUUCCCCAAGAGCCUGGGCCCCCAGGCAUGACCUGGAGACCAGAGACACGAACCUUGGGCGUCUUGAGGUCGCUAUGGCAUGGUUGCCGGUGGGAGCCGUGAUGAGGGCUGGCCAUCCCAAAUGCAUGGACCGAACAGACUGACCACAGGGUCCUAGCCUUCUGGACUUGAUGUCACUCACGGCAGCCCCCGUCUGGGCGAAGCUGAAGGGGAACAGAGGAGUCUGGGAAAGAGAAGGAAGACAGAGGCCGCCAUUUUGGAUUCUGGUGGACAAUUUCCUGAUGGCUCUCGCUACUCUAGAAAGUCUCCAGGAAGUUGGGGAAGUAGCACAGAAAAUCCUCCCCUGCGUUCUGGCCACAGAGAGGACCCUCAGUCUCACGACAGAUGCCCCGAGACUCAGCUGGUAUCUGACGCCCAUAGGCUCUCAAGCCACCUGCUGCCACCUCGCUGGCUCACGUCUCUUCCAAAUCCCUUUAGCAUGGGGGAGCCUGGGAUCUGUGCAGCUCCCCGUUCCUGACCGGCUGGCCUCAGCCUCCCUUCAUGGUCGUGGAAGGAGAAGAGUGGCCAGGAUUGAAGUGACCAUCACGACACCUCUCUGCAGAAGAGCGCUCUCGGUCUGCCACAGGCUGACGUCGGGGUCCGCUGGAAAGGCCGGUGGAGACGUAGGAACCCCUUGCCUCCUAGCUUCACCAGACCUAAAUAUGCACCCCAGGGGAAGGAAGCUUCCUGGGCCAGGCUGGCGUAGCUGGCAGAGGCCCCAAGAGUGGAGAGACAGAAGCUGCCUCCCGGAGAGUUAGCCAAAGACCCCACCCAGAGACACAGGCCGUGAUGGUCUCUUGUCCCGAUUGCUGUGAGCCUGUGGACCUGGGCAGAGACAGCAGAGAAGCAGCAGUCGGCGGGGUCCCAGCCCGGGGGUUGCCCGAGGACCUGCGGGUUGCAGCUUGCUGUGAUGAGUGCCCUAGAGGUCUGUGACUAGAACGUGAAGGUCAGGUGCAAAGUGUCCUUAAAGAGAGCGUGACGUGACGGGGCCUGCCAGCUCCCUGUGAGCCAGGCAGGGGAUCGAGGCUGCAGCCACUCCCUGCCGCCUGUCUCUUGGUGCUGCCUGGGGAGCCUGGCUGCGGAAGAGCUGCACUGGGUUCUCAGGGGCCUUCGCAGCUGGGGUAAGGAGCAGCUGUAGCUGAACAGGAGACCCUGGGGAUGGGGUGGGGCCCGUCCCUCCUCUACUCUGUGAGCUCCAGGGCUCCGCCCCCUGCUGCAGCCCUAGUCAGCUGUAGUCAGCCCUGCCUGACACGGAAGGAUAGGAGAAGCCAUGCUGAGUGAGCGCUGGGCAUGGGGGAAGGGCAGAGCAGGGUGUGGGGCACAGUCCAGGGCGUGCAAUAACCAGAGGCUCGACUAGGACUGUGUGUGUUAACACGUUUGCGCACCUCCCCACCAGUGAACUGAGGAUAAGGGAGAUGAGUCUGGACCGGCAGCAGGAGCCCCAUCUAUGUAAAAACCAGGAGAAGCCAUGUUAAGAAGGGGAACUGGUGAGCAUGUGUGUGCAUGCGUGCAUGCAUGAGUGUGUGUGUGUGCGUUUGUGCACUGAAGGGCACAGGAUGGAGGCAAGAGAAAGCCUGCAGCAUGGCCACAUGUGUCUAAGAAGAGAAGCCAUGACCUCAAAGGCCUACAUGCAAGUGUGUGUACACAGGCGUGUGCAGGCUGGGUGUGCAAGGAGCCGGGGGAGCAGGCAGCCAUGCAACACGGAUCAGUGCAUGCUGCACGUGAGAAGCCCUGUGGCAGAGGAGUUUGUGAGUGUGCUCACGUGUGUGUUCCAGCUCACGGCAGGAGCAGAGACAGACAGCCAGUAGGGAAGGCAAGCGUCAAGGCCCCCCGUCGUGGGCAGACAUUUGUCACGGAGGUUUCUGCAUGGCGUGGGCAGAUGCACAGGGACACGGGCCACACGGGGAGAAAGCCUUCAGGGGGAGCUCAUGGCUGGUGCCUCUUUUGCUAUUUGAAGGGCAAACAUUUUUUUGUUUUUGUUUUUGUAGUUCCCAGAAAACAGGGUUCUUAUGAAGGUACCUGUCAGUUCGCCGCCACCAAGCACAGUCACCCACAGUCUUACUUUGUACAACAGUUUCAUAGCACAUCCACACCCACAUCACACACACACAUGUGUGCUUUGUGCAUGAUGCUCUAUGAAUGUGUCAUGUCCUUCUGAGGCUAUGCACACAAGUAGAUUGUUAUGGGAAGAAGCAAGGGAAGUGGUGUGGGGUAGGUUUUUUCUUACAAGGAACAAGGAAGGAUGGCUGAAUAGAGGCACAAUUCAGUGUCUGGACUCCCCAAGGGAGUGGGUGGCAGGCUGCAUGAGCCCCUUCCUUAUGUCCCUGGGUGCGGCUCAGGUUCAACCUAUGCCUGGUGUCCUGUGUUGGUCCUAGAGACCAGAGCAGCGGAGACCAGCUCUGCCCGAGUCUGAGCUGGGUCUCUCCCAGGCGGCUGCAGGUGAUGCUACACCUGUGCUGUGGGAGGGGCGGCCAGGGGGCGUUCCCGGUGGAGCAGACCGUGUCACUGAAGUUGAGACCUGCCGUGCCGGGGAUAUCGUGCACGCCUGAGCACCCACGAGAGGCACUGACCGAUGAGUGGCAGAAAGCGUAGGAGCAGAAGGCGGGAUUCCGCCAAGCAGGUGCUGCCCUGUCCUGCCCGGUCCCACGUGCCAGACCUGAACACAAGAGAGCCCCCGCCUCGCCUGCAACGCUAGUGCCUGCUCUCCGUCUGCUCCGGCUGGCCACGUGGAGGGGUGGCAUCGAGAAGAUGCCUGCACCUGCCAAGACACUGGGUCUUUGCACAAAGAGUGCCCCGUUAUGUCCGCUCCUGACCUGUUGCUGGCUGCUGUGCUGCAGGUGGCCCCAAGACAACCCUGAGAGCUGUCACUGUCCAGGCGGCCUGCUCUGCAAGGGCCCCCGAGAGAACUGCCCCCUGGCCCAGGAAUGGGGCUCUGAAAUUCUGAAGGAGGCAGAGCCGCCCCCUCCUCACCGCCUCACCCUGAAGAGCACAUCCUGGCCCCCUCCCCCAGGCCUGGCCCUGGAAGAUGGAAACCCUGGCCUGGGACGAGAAAGGCCCAAGAGGCUAGAAGCCGCUGCCCUCUGAAACGCCAGGAACACUGAAGUCAGACGGGGGCACACAGUCACCCGGAAGAGCCAGGAGCCCCUCCCUGCAUCUUCCAGGAGCUGCUAGCAGGGGGCCGCUGACUGCUGCUCCAUCGCUCAGCAUGAAGUCCCCACAAUCCCAAGCCGUUCCCAGCUAUCCACACGAGCUGUCUCCAAACAGGCCAGACUUUCCGGCCACUGUCCGUGGCCUGGGUGGCCACACACCUGGAAAGGGCCUGGCAAUUGGGAGCCACAGCUGCACGAAUCGAACAUCUGAGUCUGGGCCCAGAACCACGGAUGCACGCAAGCCCUGGCGGCUCCAGCUCUGCCGGGGGUGGGGGGUGGGGAGGGGGUGGUCUCUGGAUCAGGCACAUCUGGAAGGCCUAGGCAGGGUGGGUGCACAUCUGGAACGAGCCCAGUCACUCACCAGGAUGGAAGGGCCCUGCCCUCUGUCCCCAAGGCGGUUUGCAUCCAGCCCUCAGGUCAGUUCUGGUGUUGCCCUGGGGUUUAAGUUCCAUGUGGAGUCACAAAACUGUUUUAGGUAGAAGGCUACUGUUCUGUACAAUAUAUAUAUGAAUGUAAAAUAUAUAUAUAUAUUCUGUAUAUAUAUAUAUAUAUGCACAGUGUACAUAUGACCUGCAGCCCCUGUGUAUACACCCCUCCCCCGCACGUCUGCACACACAGAGCGUACGCAACCCAGCCAGUGUGGCUGGGGACCAGGUGAGAGGCGGGCGCGCAGCCGGGUCCGAGGUGGAAGGUGCAGAGAUCCCCUUGGCAAUGGGGAAGGCCUCACCUCCAUCUGAGCCGCAGACCCUGAGGAAGACAGGGCAGAAGUGCACAGGGCUGCCGGGGAGGUGGAGAUGGGCAGGGGUGGCCCAGGGCCCUGGUCUCCUCCUGGGAGCCUGAGGCAGGACAGCUGGGAGGCUCCAGUGCCAGGACGGAACUCGAGUGCCCAGGCAGUUCACAGCAAGCCGAGGACUGGGAGAGGGCCCCUCCCCAGGCCUCCGUGCAGCCUUUGCAGAGUCCCCAGGUAGGUGCCAGGCUCCACCUGUCGUGCCCCCAAUCCUCACCUGCACACACAUACAGAGGUCACAUCUAGGUCAGCCCCAUGGGAAAAGCAUGGCCCAAGGGUGUUCCCAGCAUGCAACACCACAUCCUCUGGCCCCGGUGGUGGGCCCUGCCUUCUAGAACAGAGAGGGCAGAUCACCCUCGACUGUGUCUAUUUCACAGAUCGGAACACUGAGGCCUCCAGACAUGGGGACGCAGCCAUAGACUAGAGUGAAACGCCAGCUGAGAGCAUGCCCCGUCUCCCAGAGCCGGGGACCCAGGCAGAUGAGAGGCGGGAGGGCACGUUCUGCCCCAGCAGAGCCCAGGCCAUCUGCCUGCCCCUCUCCCGUCGGCCACUCUUCCCCAGCAGGGCACCCAGCAGGUAGCAGGCCUCUGGCCUUGGCUUGCCCGGAGCUGUCUGUUCGCAGUUCCGGUCCCAGAGCCCCUUCAUGGGCCUGAGCACUGCUGGGGCACACCGGGAGGAGGAGACCCAAGCCGGGGUUUCCUUGGGGUCAGGAACCCUCCCCCAGCUUCGGCCCCAGGUUCCCAUCCUGUGGUCCGCUCCUAUCCCUGGGUCCGCCUGCAGGGCCCCCGGCCAAGCGUGUCUGAAUCCAGCCCCUGCCAAGGGCCUUGUCCUGGCUCCCCAGGGACCUCCGUGCCACUGUGCUCCAAGUCUCCAGCCCGCCUCUGCCGGGGCCUACUUCCUGCCUGAACCCUCCAUGGCAGAGCCCCCCGCCAGCACCCUGGGCCUGCGAGAGCCCCGGCCUGUCCCUCCACCCAGUCCGGCGUGCCUGGACGCCCCCACGGUUCCCACACACUGGUCUCUGGGCCAUUCAGGGGAUACCCUUUGUGGACAUGCAGAAUUUCUAUGAAUAUAGUUUUUUGUAAACAUUUUGUAACAAUUUGGGUUUCAUAGUAACUGUGUUACUUGCCAAUCAUUCUAGGCUGAUGUAAAUAAAUUUCCAAACAAAUCCGAUUAUUUUCCUUUUUAAGACACUGUGAUAUAUCCAAGUGCACAGUUUGCUGUAUGAAGUAAUAUGGUUUUAAAUUUUAAAUAAAGAGAUGUUUCUAGAAAACAA